AUCUAAAAUCCACCAAUCACACACACACACACAUUGACACACUUGGCAAUCAACAACAUGGGUGAUUUUAGUUUCAGAAAGCUUAUAUUUGCAUUUGUGAUUGUUACAUUAGUGUGGGCUUCAAGCAUAGAAACUUGCAAUGCCAGAAGGGGGGGCAAGCAUUGGAGGCAAAGCAGAGGUACUUUAAGCUCCUUGUACAAGAAGAAAGGAAAGAAUGAUCAUGGACACAAGAAGCAAAAAUCGAAACAAGAACAACAACAACAACAGCCACUUCCAACUCCAGAAGAACCUCUAGCGCCUCCACCCAAAGGUUCAAAAUUUAAUGUGCUUGAUUAUGGAGCUAAAGGGGAUGGUCAUUCUGAUGAUACAAAGGCAUUUCAAGGGGCAUGGGCGGAUGCUUGUAAAGUGGAAGCAUCAACGAUGAUUGUGCCUUCGGGUUAUGAAUUCCUCGUGGGACCCAUUUCUUUCUCAGGCCCAUAUUGUCAAAGAAACAUUCUUUUUCAGCUUGAUGGUACAAUAAUAGCUCCAAUAAAUGCAAAUGCAUGGGGUAAAGGUCUCCUACAAUGGCUUGAAUUUACAAAACUUGUAGGACUCACAAUCAAAGGAAAAGGCACCAUUGAUGGAAGAGGUUCUGUCUGGUGGACAAAAUCUAUACUUGAUGAUCCUAUCGACAAUGAAGAACAACUGGUCGUUUCAUCAUACAAUACCACACUUACACAAAAUCCACAAGUAAGCAGCAGCUCAUUAGUGGGGAAAAUGCCUAGUAUAAAGCCAACUGCGUUGAGGUUUUAUGGAAGUUUUAACGUGACAGUCACGGGCAUAACAAUACAAAACAGUCCUCAGUGCCACCUGAAAUUUGACAACUGUGACGGAGUUUUAGUGUACAGUUUUAGCGUUGCGUCUCCUGGUGACAGUCCCAAUACUGAUGGAAUUCACUUGCAGAACUCCAAGAAUGUGUUAAUCCACACCACCGAUCUUGCUUGUGGUGAUGACUGUAUAUCUAUACAAACGGGAUGCACAAACGUAUUUGUGCGUGACGUAAAUUGUGGGCCAGGGCAUGGAAUAAGCAUAGGAAGUUUAGGAAAGGAUGGCACGUCGGCAUGUGUUUCAAACAUCACUGUUCGUAACAUUAACAUGCACAACACGAUGACUGGCGUUAGGAUCAAGACUUGGCAGGGAGGAUCAGGGUCAGUGCAAGGAGUAUUAUUCUCAAACAUUCAAGUUUCAGAAGUCGAAUUCCCAAUCAUGAUUGAUCAAUACUACUGUGACCACAGCACCUGCAAGAACCACACGUCCGCAGUGGCUGUCUCAAACAUUGCAUAUGAAAACAUACGAGGAACAUACACAGUAAAACCGGUUCAUGUCUCAUGUAGUGACAACAAACCUUGUAGGGAUGUAAGGUUGACCGACAUUGAACUAAAGCCAGUGUCCAAAGGCUACCACAUGUAUGAACCCUUUUGUUGGCAAGCUUUUGGGGAGUUAUAUGCACCCACUAUCCCAGAAAUUGAUUGUAUACAACAAGGUGCACCGUCAAGCAGCUUGGACCCUGAUGAGGCUGGAUGUGCAGCAUAGCCUAAAUAUGAUUUGGGGCAUCAAUCAGUGAGGUCGGUGUCGUCGCUGGCCCCUUUAUUAUGUAUUAUAUAGAUGCUUGAGGUGAGUGUAUAUAUAGUUAGUAUUAUAGUAUGGGAUUGGUUGUAUUAUAGAAAUUAUUGAUUCUUAUGGUGUUAUUGUUACACUAGAACAAGUUGUAUUUGUUUUCGCUUGAUGUUCAGUAUUUAUAGUAAGAUUUUAUUGUUGUGUUUA